UUGAUAAAACUCCCCAUCAGACAGCCACGUCUCGCAGUGUUCCCCCCCCCCUUUAGCUCUUCAAAGCGCUCUCUCUGAGUCGAUGAUCCUUUCACCCAGCCAGGUCCCGCUUUAAGUCUCAACCUUCCGCUCCAUCCGUGACCAUUACUUCAUUCCCUUCUCGCCGCGGAUUUUUUUUUGUUGUUGUUUGAGAGGGUCCCAGUUUAUUUUCCAAGGGACAACAUCUGGAUCACCUCUUGCGGCAUCGCUCUCCAUUCACCCGCAAGAUGUCGACGGAAAAACAAGCCUUGCAGGAUGGAGGGCAUCAAGCACCCAUGUCGCCUCCACCUUACCCAGUGCAAGAGGCCUCGGCAAAUGGCACGUCACAAGGCUAUCCAAUGCCAAUGCACCCUUCCACGAUGGCAGUGGGCAACGAGGGCUUCAUCCAGGAGACUCAGUUCAACAGCAGCGUGCCCCAGGGAUAUGCCAUGCCUGCAAAUCACCCUGCAGGGCCAAUGGGGUUGGCGGGUUAUGGCCACCAAGGAUAUGCCGUGCAGUACCAGCCCUGCGCUGGUGCCUAUGUGCCAGUCUACCCAAUGGCAAAUAAUAUGGGACCAUAUCUCCCCGGAAACAAUGGGAUGACGCCGGGUGCACAGCAGGUGCCCCCUUCUGUUGGGAUGAUGAACCCACCACGACCUCCUCAUGACUACCUUCCCAUUGCAGUGUUGACCACAGUGUGCUGUUUUUGGCCAACUGGGAUAUUUGCCAUAUUCAAGGCCGUACAGGUGCGGACCGCAAUCGCACGGGGAGACAUGGUGUCGGCGGAGAUCGCCUCUCGCGAAGCCCGGAACUUCUCCUUCAUCAGCCUGGCCGUGGGCAUCGCCUCCAUGGUCCUGUGCGCCAUCCUGACCGUGGUGGUGGUCAUCGCCGCCCAACACCACGACGAUGAGUGGGACCCUUAGCGCGGCGCCCCGUCUCCCCGCACCUUCUCCGCGCCCCGCCCCGGGCGUAGCUGCGCAGGAAAUCCUUGACAAAGCAUCACCGCAACACCUUGCCCUCCCUCCGUCUCAUCCCCUUUCACCAUCUCCGGAUCCUAUCCCUCUCCCGGUCUGUAUCUAACCAACCAUCCGCGCGACAAACAGCUAAUCAGUUUUGCCAAAAUAAUAGCCUUCUAUUUAACUCGGCUGGCUACAGCGACGGGAUGGAGAACGUUUUCCGUCUGACUGAUUACAUGUGUUUAAUUUAAAUGCAGACAGAUGCCACAAGCCCCUAAACUAUUAGCUCAAGGGCGGGAGGGGGGAGAAAAGCUCUGGGGUGGGUCGGGGGUUGGUGGUGGGGGAAACUUUUUUUUUGGCAAAUGUGGAGCCUGUUGAUACGUGAUUGGUAUCUCUGCUUUGGUUUGUACGAUAGGAUGCUAUUGAGGUCUUCAUUCAUGACUCCCUCCCGCUAAAGGGAGAGAGGGACUCAGUCAGCUGCUGUUAAACGCGCAAAACAGGACAACGAGAGGACGGUCACCGCAGUUCCAGGUUCUAAGCAACCUCAGAAAGUUAAAGCUUGCUUUUUCCUUGAAAUGUCAGCAUGGUUUGUCGUAUUUUAUUCCCGAUUAAGCCCUUCUGAAAUGCAGUCAACUGGGUCAAUGCAGGAGAGGGGACCUCUCAUCAAGAAAACCGUUCCUUAUAAAACUACGAUUGGAAAUUCCGCGGCUGACUUGAGGGAAAAUCUUUCACGCACGGACUCUCUGCCUGAGGUUAACCCACCCCCUCUAUCAGUGUCUAACUGCAGCCCAUUCGGACUGGUAGCCAAGCAUACCUGGUCCAGCGUAGCAUCCAUCUGGUUCCUUCAGUAUGAAUAAGGUGACUCUUGUUGUCUGGGAAGUAACGUCGCGCCUGCAGCCAGAGCCUGUGACGGGGAGAGCAACCGGAGAUUGCAACUGACUGAAUCCAUCUCAGCAACAUAACCAAGCAAACAUUCAUCUCGCGUCAAGCUACCUGGACAAUCUCCAGUUAUAUUCCUUUUUAAUGAAAGCUCUCCCUCCUGUGAGCGAUAGCUUUGAACUUUCUGAAGGUAGCUUUGAGAGCACGCCGUUGCUAACGCAAGGACUGCCGCGUCUUUGAUUGACUGCUCUGUUGCUUCACUUCAGAUUUCAAGGCUUCUCCUCCUAAUCAAAAUACAUCAUUAAUUGCCCGCUGAGCAGAGGCUGAAAGGUUGAGACGCUGCAGAGUCAGAGGCAGGGCAGGUAGCGCUGGGUGCAGGACAAGCGAUCAGCCAUGCAGGACUGAGAAGAGAGAGGAUUGCUUCACUCAAAAAGUCGGAAACCUUUGGAAUGUUCUGCCCGCUAGAACUCUGUCCCUUGAGCCUGCUCAAGAUCUUAAUAGAUUUUAAGGCACUGGGGAAUCGAAGGUACUGGCACCGUCCUAAUGAUGACGAACCCUGGCUUGAGGGACCAAAUGGACAUUCCCUAUUCUUCUGAAACUGGUUCCAUUUCCAGGGCCGAUAACUAGUUCAUGGCAAUCACCAAAACAAAAUCCGGCUCGUUGUGAGGAGACACGGAAGACUGCAGAUGCUGGUAUCUGGAGCAACACACAAUCUGCUGCAGGAACUCAGCGGGUCGAGCAGCAUCUGUUGGAGCUGAGGGGGGGGGGGGGUGGUGAUGGGGAAGGAAUCGUCCACGUUUUGGGUCGAAGCCCUAUACCAGUCCCGUGGUAGGGUUUCGACCUGCAACACUGACAAUUCCUCCCCCCACCCACCCACAGAUGCUGCUCUGCACGCUGAGUUCCUCCAGCAGAUUGCGAGUUGCUUAUUGUGGGGAGAUACUUUUUAAAGAAAAACAUUGAUUAGAGAGGCUAGAUGAAGCAAAUCCACGAACAACUUUCAGAAAACAAUUGGAUCAUUUCAUGCGUGAGAAGAAAUGACAGGCGCCGUGGUCGGCACAGACAGCUUGGGCUGAAGGGCCUGUUCUUGUGCUGUACUGUUCCACAUUUAGGUGAGGGACUGACUAAUUUAUUCUUUCUGAAGGGACGUUUCCAGUUUGAUGGGCGGAUUAACUUCCCUCUGCACUGCAUCCGUCUCUGGUUCUGUUUCCUACGUCAUUACAGAAACUGGCGAUGGGAAAUAAAAACAGAUGUUGCUGGAACUGCUCAGCAGGUCGGACAACAUCUCUGGAGAGAGAAACAGGGUUAAUGUUUCAGGUCAACGAUCCUUUCUCAGAACUGGGAAAAGUUUCAGAUAAGAUAAAUUUUAAGAUGAAGGGGAGGAGUAAGAGGGAGGAGAGAACAAGGGAGAAGGUCGGAUAAAUUGAAUGCUAGAAGGGAUUAGAGCGAAAGAGUGGAGAAACAUGACAUCCAAGAAGCAAAAGGUAGCACUGAGGGAACAUAACUGGGACGAGUGGAACCAUCAUCUGACAGUUCUGAAGGCUAAAAUGUGCCCAUUUGGAAGAUAAGACGCUGAUGCUUGAUGUUGGACUUCAUUGAACAAGUGCAGGAAACCAAACCCAGAGGUCAGAGUGGAGGAUAACGGAGAAUUAGAGUAUUAGGGAGCUUGGGGUCAACCUAGAAGAUUGAAUGAAGGAGUUCUGCAAAGCAUUCAUUCCAAACUGUGCUAUUGUGUGGGAGACCACAUCACAAGCAGGGAAUGUGUAUUGGGAAGACAGGAAGUAAAGGAGCAAGGCAUUUCACUGCUUAUUGAUACGUAGGAUCUAAAUGUUGCUUGCCCUUGGUGAAAGACUGCUCUAGUCCAUCUGGUGAAGGAGUUCCCACAUACUGUUGCUUCGGAAGUUCGUGGAGUGAGACUCAAUGGUGAAGAAGAAAGGGCAAUAUACUCUAAGUCAAGAUGUUGUGUGAUUUAGAGGGGAACUUGGAAGUGCUGGUACUUCCAAUUCCUGUGCUUCCACAAACAGGGCCUUUGGAGAUGGGGAGGGUGUUGGUGGUGAUUAAGGAGUGGACAAAGGUGUCCUGCAAGGAACUAUCCUUUCAGAAUGUUGCAAUGGGAUGGGAAAUCUUGUGUUCUUGUGUAUCAAAGCUACAAAGAUUCAAGUUCAUUGUUACAGACAUACAUACACUUGGCAUAAAUGGCAUGAAAGUUAGCUUUUUGCAGCAGCAGUGCAGUACAUUACAAAGUGGCAGGACAGGACAUUGGGAAUUGAAUUGCGUGUUUCCCCAGUCUUCAGGCUCAGUCUCUCUUUAUGCAAUGGACUUUUAAUCAUCAAUGUUAAAAGGUUGUUAAUGUAGGAUAUCAUUGGCAGGGAAGAUACAAAGGGAACAAAGCCACCCUUCACCCUGAACAUGCCCCUCUAACUGGGCUCCUCAUAAUGGUGUCUGUCUGUAUUUGGUAUCUCCCAAUAGAUUAUUAAUAAUAUUAUUAUUUGCAUUGUCUCUUUAAGUGACCAAGCAUUCCUGGUUGACAUAGUGCCUUGUAGGUGCACAGAUCUGGUGUCUGUGAGCAAGUGAGCAUGUGGGCUCCUGUCAUUCACUGGGAGGGCAAGGGAGGCUGGCCGGGGGAACUGGCCCCUGGCCAUACACUAAUGAAACUGGCCCAGGACAGUUGUCAAACAUAGUUGCUAAGUUUUGAGUGCCAAAUCUUCCUUCCAAAGGGAAAAGCCCAAACAGGAUACAUUGGCUUCCUGUUAAAGGACAAUAAAAGUUAACUGAUUUGGUUAAUUAAGCAGGCCCGAUGAUGUCAAAUUGUUCUUCAGGGGAUAAUCCUAAUGACUCUGCCAGUUUAAUUUUCAUUCCCCAUGCCCAGGGAUAUGAGAGUUACUGGAUCAGUAACCAGAAUUCCAGCCCACUGAUCCAGUGCAAUCAGUUCGUAUCCUGUCACAACAGCUGGGGAAUUUAAAUACAAGGGAUUAAAUAAAUCUGGAUUAAGUAAAUUAUAUUUUAUAAAUUAUUGAUAUAUUAUAACCUGGAUGUGACUCCAUACUCACAAACUUAUUUGACUCUCAAAUGCCUCUCAGUUCAGGGACGAUUAAGGAAGAACAACAAAUGCUAUCAAUGUCCACACCCUGUGAACAAAUAAAAAAAUUAUUUUAAGUAAUUCACUCAAAGGUUCUGGGGAUGUUCUUAAAGAGUUAAAGCUGGAACGCCAUAGCAUGUUGUCAGCUAGCAACCAGCAAAUUCUCCUACUUCCAUUCAGUAACCUGAAAAGGUGACUUUGAAAGGGAUGGGUCAGUGAAAUUUAACUGGAUCUGUUGGGAUAUUCCACAGUGAAUUGUUGAUUGGGAAGUUUUUUUUGAGGAGAACACUUUGAAAGUUUCACUUUGUGUUGAAAGUGCAGGACCUCACAAACCUUCCUGAAACUUGUUCCCAAGAUGUGGGUAUCACUGGACAAGUCUGGCAAUGGUUGCUGAUCCCAGCACUGCCCACAGAAACUGCUGCUGGCUAUUGAUCGCUAGAACAUUUGAGAGGGCAGUUUGAACAUCAGUCACACUGCUUUGUGUCUGGAGUCACAUCCAGGUCCAGAAUGAACAUAAUAGACAGGUUUUUACCCUAAGCAGCAACAGUAAACCAGCUGGGAGUUUGAAAGGACAAUCUGACAUUGUCCAGUGGUCAAUUUUCUGAACAGCUGAGGUGAAAUACCUCUCGUCAGGAUAUGAACUCACAUCAUUAGGAUUAUUAGUGCACGCUUCUGAUUUAUGAGUUUUGUAACAUAAUCUCUGCAUAAAUGUAACCCAUGAUACAUGUUUGAUCAGAUCAGUGCUACUUAUUCCAUACAAUUUUCUGCUACACUUCCUUGACUUUGGAGAGUGAGACUUAGAGAUAGACAUGUACCUUUGGUCACUAGCUCUGCACAAAUGUGAUUGUUAUGGCUGCUCACAGAACCUAAACAACAGAGAAGGAGGCUAAUCAGCCUAUUGAGUUCAUGCUGGCUCCUUGUAGAGCAAGUUUUUUUCACUUGUUUUCCUUGUUUGUUCCCCAUGGACCUGUGCAUUUUUUUUCUCUCUCAAGUGCCUGUCUAAUUCCCCAGAUUCCAUCACCCCUGCAGACAGUGAGUGCCAGAUCAUUCCAGUUCUUGAUUUUUCCUCAUAUUCCUUCUGUGUCUUUAGCCCAUCAGCUUGAACCUGUGUCAUGACUCUUUGACCCAUCUGCUAAUGGGAGCGUCUUCCCUCCAUCUAAACCAGUCACGACCUUCUAACACCUUGCAGCCGUUAUUCAGGCCAACAUACAUUGGAUGGCUGAUAUUAGUGUCCAUUUAGUGCUAUUGACCCAAACAAACUUCUACUAUUAACAAACAAAAUUGCUGAGCUGACUACUUGUACAUUAGGAGAGGCCAUUCAGUCCUUCAGGCCUGUUCUGUCAUUCAAUCAUAGAGUCAUACAGCACAGGAACAGGCCCUUCAGCCCAACUGGUCCAUGCCAACCAAGAUGCCCCAUCCAAGCUAGCCCCAUUUGCCAGCAUUUGACCCAUAACCUUCUAAACCCUUCUAAUCCAUGUACCUGUCCAACUGUCUUUUAAACGUUGUUAUUGUACCUGUCUCAACUACUUUCUUUGGCAGUUCAUUCCACAUAGACCACCGUUUGUGUAAAAAAAGUUCCAAUUAAAUAUUUCCCCUCUCACCUUAAACCUAUGUGUUCUAGUUCUUGAUUCCCCAGCCCUGGGUAAAAGACUGAGUUCAUUCACCCUAUCUAUGCCCCUCAUAGAUCUACACUCUUUUAGAUCAUUUCUCAGUCUCCUACGCUCCAAGGAAUAAAGUCAUCGCCUGUCCAUCCUCUCCCUAUAACCCAGUCUCUCAAAUCCUGGCAACAUCUUUGUAAAUCUUUUCUGCACUCUUUCCAGUUUAAAUAACAUCUUUCCGAUAGCAGGACAACCACAAGUGAACACAAUACUCCAAGUGCGGGCACUCCAAGUACUUCAAGUCAAAUCAUGGCUGGUGCUUUCAGCCCUUAUCUUUGUCCCCACAUUCUCCUGAUGGUUCAUCACCCUAAAUCACCAGAAAGCCUCAGCUAUCAUUCCCAGCUGGCUAGUUUUCAUUUUUGUGUUGUGUGAAGUGAGGGGAGGUGCAGCUGGGAGGGAAAUCAGAGUGAGGGUAUCACAACUCAGUCCGAUCCAAGUGUGAGCUACUCAGGCAGUCACCAGGUUGCAAUAGGAAGGGGCUUCCCCCCAUUGCUUUGUCUCCUGUUUCCUGAGCCGGGGAAAAUUGCAGUGCCCUCAUUAUUGGAGAACAUACAAUGGGAGGUGAAGACCAUGGUCUGCACAGACCCAACCUUUGCAAAUCUAGUCUGACACCACUGCCAGACUCAGGUUUGGAAAAUCACCUCUGCCGGGACAGAGUGCAGGGAAAGAGGUGGACACAGUACAAGAUGACCAAAGCAGACCACUUUAACAAUGGGGACAAGCUAUGUAGAGUAGGUUUGUAUUCCCUCCAGCCAGAGUGUUUCAGGUAGGAGUUGACAGGGUAAUAACUAGGUGGCGGGGUGUUCAGGGCAAGGGCACAGACCACUCAAAGAGGAGGUCAGAAAAUGUGGUGGAAACCUGUUUCCAGUCAUCUGAGAUAGAGAACCAAUUGAAACUGUCGCUGUGGUUGGAUUAAGGUGUUGAAGGAUUUAGAAAUCCAGAGGGCUGUGAAUUGGGGUUAAUCUUGGUCAGUAUCAACUUGAAGGGUCAAGCGGCUUCCUUCUGUGCCAUAAACCUCCACGAUUUGAUGAAGAUACAGAGCAGCUGCUGCCUUACUGCAUGUUGGAACGGGCUCAAGGGACUGAAUGGCUCCCUCAUGUUGCAGUCUUCCAGUUACUCUGGGGGGGUCUGGAGUUCAGAUCUUACUAUCCUGUUCUGAGCUAGCUUGGCCUUUGGUCCACCUUCAGCUCGAAUCUGUUGAAAAUCAGCACUGAAGGAAGUUUGGAACAAUUGGAGGCCACUCUGCCCUUUGAGUCUGUUCUAUCAUUUAAUGAAAUCAUGGCUUAAUUCCAUUUACCACAUCCCUCGACAGCUUCAGUUAACAAAAAUCUCCCAACCUCAGAUGUAAAAGUAACAAUUGAUAACACCAACUGCAGUUUGUGAGAGUGCAAAAUUUCCCUGGGCCUUAAAUGUGUUUCCUAUUCUCAGUCCUGAAACAUUGGCUAUAAUUUUUUACUUUGCUUUCUAGUCCCAGACUCCCUGACAACCGUAAAUACCCAAUCAGUUUCUCUUAAUACCUUUGUAAUGAUUGCAAAUACUUAACCUGUUUGUAUUAAAUUCCUUCUGUUAAUGGAAGUGUUCAUUUUCUCAUUAAAUCGAAAAUUAUGAGUGCUUUCAAAAUUAGAUAAGGGAAGGUUUUAUCAUUUGUAUACUAGUGGUCUCAGAGCCACUUCACAACCUGCAAGGGUAGACUCAAAUCUGCUGAAUCAGCGAUAGGGGUGAACUUGGCAAUCAGGUCCUGUGCUGGGGCAGGGUUGGAGAUGGGAGCUAAGGAGACAAGCCAGGCUUCCUGUUUUUGAUUAUUACCAGUCGUUCUUACAGGAUACUUGGUCAUAGGGGAGAAAUUCAUUUUUUGUUGCCAGUACUAAACUUGCAUUAUUACAGCGUUUUAUGUGACGUGUGAUAUUGGAAGCCAGGAGCAUGGAACAUUUGGUUCUUAUUACUGAUGGCGAAUGGCAAUUGGCUGUGGCCAGGAUUGGACUCAGCUGUGAGGAGUCACUUGCCCGAAUAGUCCCCGUCAACCUGUCAGAAAUCAAAAGCUUCAGGGUGAGGCAAAGGGGUGGGGGAGCAAAGACAGAAUAGUGGGAGAAAGUUGGGAAGAUCUGGAAACCCAGCAGAGGGGUCUCUUCAGUGCAGACAUGGAACUCGAGAUCUCACCCCCACUGCAAAUAUCGGCUCAAGCAGUUAAGCACCGUGUGUGCGAGGGUUUGCUGGUUCAAUCUCCUUCGUACCUCAGUGUUUCAGUAGUGAUCAGUGCCAAAGAUCCUGCCCAAAUUGUGGAGGAUGAUUUUCCUUGUUAUUUGGGAUUAUUGGAUUACUUGGAGCUAAGUCGGUACUGGUCAGUACUGAAUAGGUGACUGGAUGGAAAAUUGGUUGGCUAAGUGUGCAUCCCCCUGAAUUUUCACAGUUCCCAUGUGAUCCAAUAAUUACCAGUACCUACCCAAGGAGAAUCUUCCCCCCAUCCUAUUCCCCAUUGAGUAAAGAGGUCCAUUAGCAACAAAAGCACCAUUACAGCACCCCCUCUGUGUGUGUGUGUGUGUGUGUGUGUGUGUGUGCGCGCGCGCGUGCAUGCAUACGUGCACAUGUGUGUGUGUGCACGUGUGUGUGUGCACGUGUGUGUGUUGUGCAUGCAUGAGUCUGAUGCUGAGAAUGAGAUGUGAUAAAACAGUGAAUAGGCAAACGAACUCAAGCAAAGACACAGUGUUGAAUUUCAGUGGAUUCUAACUUCAGGAACUGUCAAAAACAAAAAAAAAAUAAAAAUUUGCAAUUUUUACCA